UUUGUUCCGUAACUCCGGUCGACAUUUAAUCGGAGUUUGGUCGAAGCGGCCUUCAGAUCGAGUCCCAUAUAUCGUAGACCCAAAACCCUAAGUCCCGCAAUACGCUGAGAUUUUUUUUGUGGUAUCGUAAGCAAAUUAUAGUAAAUUACUAGAAAUACUGCCUGCUGUUGAGUGUAUUUCUAGUAAUUUACUAGCACAUGUGAUCUAACAAGAACGGCAUAAUAUCAGAGAAGUCGUCACUUAUAAUAAAGUUUACUACCGUGCUUUUGAUCAGUCCAGUGCGGUUUGGUGUAAUGAGUGCAGUGCGUUGAAUGUCAAACGGUGAAUGUGAGUGAUUAUAACUUAGCGCAGUUAAGACGAGCAGUAGCGGAUAUGGUCAUGUUGGUCGUAUAUUGCAUUUAGAUAAAAAAUGAUUUUAUUUCUCUUCGCAUCAAACUGUCACGUUAUAUGGUCUAUCCCGUUAUCUGGUCGGGAUGAAGAAUCAACAAACGUGAUUCCAUCCCUAUAUUUCGAAAAUCGAUCGUUGGGGAAAAGGAACAAAUCCAGAAAUGAACGCUAGAAUCUCGAACGCAUUGUUGGAAGAAGACGUUCUUCUUUUCCAAAGGAUGAAGCAAAAGAUUGUAAUUUUAAGGAGAAACGUCUCUUGCCAAGUUACGUGCAGCAACAGUGUUACUGGCGAAGUGUGUAUGUGUAUAUAAGCCACAAUUACCCGACAAUUACAGUUCGAACUCAAACAUUAUUUGAAUCGUGCUAUUAAUUGUUUUAAGUUAUUAAUCAUUUUUAAAUAAUUUCUAAAUAAUAAUAUUAAUAAUUACGUAAGGUGGCAAGAAGAAAAAAACACAAAAUCGAAGAGAGAAAGAAAAUAAAAAAGAAGAAACGAUGAUACGUUAUAUAAAAGAAACUUAUAGAAUAACUUGGCAAUUAAGAAAAACGACAAUUUUAGGCCAACCGGCCUGAGAUAUGUCAGCAAUAGCAGUAACACCUCAACGAUCUUUAAAGACAUCUUCGUUGCUGUUAACCGAACCAGCAGAACAGUGUCGAUCAUCAUCAUUGUCUUGGGGUUGCCGGGUCUACGCGACCCGACGCGAUCUCUUUAUACCAGCGAUCAUUGACCUACGUCCAAGCAGAACGGUUCACUGUCCAGAUUUAAAUGCUUGUUUGGUGAAUGAAUCGCGUUCGAAACACAAUCGAGUGGAUUGUCAAACAAUCCAUUUUGGUUAUGCAAUUCCAAUCAAUAUCAUACCAGUUCAUGAGAGUCCUGAAUUAGUUGAAUUGGUAUUAGAUCAAUCUGCCGAGUUUAGCAUCCAAGCUAUAAAUUUUCUACUCAAUCAUCAUCCGCAAUUGCGUAAACGGCAGGGUUUUUAUGAGAUGGCUGCUACAGCCAAACAUGAUCUUCGUCGAAAAUUCCCUGCGGAUACAACUCCUUCUGGUGAAGAAGAUAUUGCUGCUAUCGCUAAACAGAUUAGCGAUCAUGCGGAAGCGAUUUAUCAAACAUGGAAAAGUCGCGGGUUAGCGCCUACAGAAAUUUUAACUUGUCAUAGUAAUGAAACCGCUGUUGACAAAUUUGGCAGCGCAUUAACACCUUGCAACUUAUCUACUAUUGGGAAUAAUGUGACUAGUAGCAAGGCAUUAUCAUCGCCAUCGCUUGAACAUUCUUCUUCGACAGCGGAAGAUAUAUUAACUCAAACGCCGAAUCUGGACAAUGGCAAUCUUGAAAAAUUAGUCAAUAAUUUUGUAGUAGAAGAUAAAGCUAGAAUAGCUGCUUCCAAGCAGAAAUCGCCAUCGAAGCCAUUACCGUCUUCCAUACAAUUCGCUCUACAGAAGUUUGAGAAAAAUGCUACACAACAGCAGCAAAUAGCAGUUUCCAUGAGAGAUAAUAUAACUCCUAUCGAUAAUUCGAAAAAAUUGACGAAUGUUUUAUUGUCCUCACCAUUUUCAAACAAACCAUCACAAAUAAUAAAACCUCAGAUUUUUACGAAGACGCUUGGCUCUCGUCACUGUGAAGUUUUUCUAGAAACGAUUGAAACUACUUUCCCAGUUGAUUUGACAUCUUCCAAGAAAGCAACGCAGCAGAAGAGACCCGCUAGUAUAUUAAUCGCGUCAUCACCCACUAAUUCCUCAUUAAAUAUCGACUCGGCACAUUCAACGAAUUCGGGUUUAACAACAUGGCCGCUAAAAAACAAAUUAAAUGAUGCCAGAAGAACCAUAGAUGUAUCAGUCAAAACAUCCCAACAAGGAGAAAUUGCAAAAAUAUUACCAGCAAAAGAUGAAAAAAGAUUUAUAAAAGAAACAAACUCGUGCGCAUACAUUGAUGAAGUCGCGCGGGAAGAAGAAAGAUUAAUAAAUGCUUUAAAAACAGGUGCUGUUAUUACUGAAGAAUUAGAAAGAACAAUGACAUCUGAACGCAAGAAACCGGCUAUUAAGCGAGAAAAACCAAAAAUUGAAUCUGUCAAGCCAGUUAUUAUCGGAAGCCAUCAUGGAGUCAACGUGAUGAUAUCUAGUUCGGCAACAUCUAACUCUGUGGCAUCUGGUUCAACAACUACUGCGGUUAAUAUUGGUAAUGCUACUGCUGUUGUAUCCGCUAAUCAUAAUCCGUUGAUUAACGAAUCAAAAUCGCUCAAUAAAGAUGAUUUGUCCGCUAUGUCAAUGGUGGAUUACGCUAAGAUUAGAUAUAAGGCAGCUCAACAGAAUCCGCCUACUCAACAGCGACUUGAAGAACAGCGAGCUUCCAGCCAUCCGUAUCAUUCCACUACGGAACAAUUGGUCUCUAAUGCGAAAACAAAGUUCGAGAUGGAGAUACAAAAAGAUAAAGAAAUUAAAGAUCCAGAUAAGGAUUUAGUAGCAACUAGAUGGGGACCGAGGAUUUCUUCUCCACGAUCUCGUCUAGAACAGAAUGUACCUCAUCCAGAAUUGACUAAUCAGCAAAAGCAACAUAUAAGAGCGGCCGUGGCGACUGGAACAGGCAAUAAUCCCGUCAGACCGUUCCUUACCAGAGGUUCUGUAGCAGAACGUGUACUUAUUUUUGAAAAAUGCCCGAGUGAACUACUAUUAGACAAGCGAGGUCCACGACAACCAGCCAUUAAUACGUGGAGAAGUGGCCAUGAGGUGCAGAAUAAAGCUCAGACUUAUACGAAAGAAAAGACUCAGCAAAAGAAUUUGCCGUCACAUACAACUUUGCAGAGACAGGUGAAAGCUAACAGGAAUGUUUAUAUACCAAGAUUUUAUUUUCCAGGAGGUAAGCCAGUUCCUCUCUCGCAACUGGAAACGAUUGUCUCAAAGAUUACAGCAGCUUUUCAAAGUUUACCAAAUUGUUGCGCUUCUCGUGCGCAAUUUCAUAUUAUUACAAAGGCUUGUGACUUGCCCUUAUACUGGAAAGUACCACUUUUCUUGGCAGCGGGUGGUGACCAGAAAGGAAUCAUCGAGAUGAAUGCAUUUCUCGAAUUUUGGAAAGAGCUAACAAUUAUUCAUCACGAUGUAGCUAGUAAAUUCAUUAGAAUUGUCACUCGGAAACUUCGAAACAAUAUACUUCCAGAGGAUUUAAUCCCACUUGUACAAGAUGUAGUAGAAACGCAUCCGGGAUUGACGUUCUUAAAAGAAGCUACGGAAUUCCAUUCCCGCUAUGUGCAUACGGUGAUUGCUAGGAUAUUUUAUUGUGUAAAUCGAAGUUGGAGUGGCAAAAUUUCAUUAGCAGAAUUAAGAAGAAGCAACUUGUUAGCAGUGAUUGCUAUACUUGAACAAGAGGAAGAUAUCAAUCAAGUUACAGCCUAUUUUAGUUAUGAACAUUUUUAUGUAAUAUAUUGUAAAUUCUGGGAAUUGGAUCGCGAUCACGAUCUCUUCAUAGAUAAAAUGGACUUAACAAGGCAUAAUGAUCAUGCAUUAUCAACUCGAAUGAUCGAACGAAUAUUUAGUGGUGCUGUGACAAGGGGUGGUAAAAUAAAGAGCGGUAAUAAUGUACAACAAUUAGAAGAUAAGAUGAGUUAUACGGAAUUUGUGUGGUUUCUUCUUAGUGAAGAAGAUAAAAACCAUCCCACUGCCACUGAAUAUUGGUUUAGAUGCAUGGAUCUUGACGGUGAUGGUUAUUUGUCGAUGUAUGAAUUAGAAUACUUCUAUGAAGAGCAGUUACGUCGAAUGGAAGCGAUUGGUUUGGAAACAUUGCCUUUUGAGGAUUGCCUUUGUCAGAUGUUAGAUAUGAUUCAUCCAGUAACACCAGGCAAGAUAUCAUUGAAUGACUUAAAAAAAUGUAAAAUGACGUCCAUCUUCUUUGAUACUUUCUUUAAUUUGGAAAAAUAUUUGGAUCACGAGCAAAGAGAUCCUUUCGCUUCAACGAGAGAUCACGACGCUGACGGUCAUGAGCUCUCAGACUGGGAUCGUUUCGCAGCAGAAGAAUAUGAAUUAUUGGUCGCAGAAGAAAGUGGCAAUGAACAAUCGGAACAAAUAUUACAUAAUAUUGCCUCAUGGGAGUUAUUGCCAAAUAUGGAUGAUUCGUUGGAUAUGAUUAAAAAUACAAGUUCAUUAAUGAACACAUCGGAUGUUUGUGUGCAACAACAACCGAAACAUGAAGAUAGAUAUGAUAGCGACGAUUACGCAGACAGCGACAAUUAAUUUUUCGACAAAUUUAUUCAUUAAUAUAAUGAAAAAGAAAAAGAAGUCAAGAAGCAACAGAAAGUGUUAUAUUAUAACAGAAAGUGUUAUUACAAAACACAUUGUUAAUGAUAUGAUUCUAAAGACUGCACGUGUUAUAUAUCUAUAAAGUUACCAGAUUGUGACAUGACGUGCCAGAUAUUUUUUUUCACAUUGUUUAUAUUACAGAAUUAGAUUUUUAAUCAAUAAUCUUUUUAAAGGAAAGUGCCCAUGUAAUAUGAUCGUAUGCCCUUUUAUCAAGUGAUAUUUCUUCUAUAAUAUACACAAUUGUUUAAUAGAUUAUCAAAUACAUACUCGACGUCAAGUAUAUAUUUUAACAUAUCAAAUUAUGUACAUUUGGAGUAUAU